AUGACUGCGAUUGAGAGCUUCGACAACAUCUAUCUCGAUCUCUCCAAGGAGAGCGGGAAGUGCAGGUUUGCAGAGACCGGUUUUGGCUGGAAGCCUGCCGGUGGAGGCGACACCUUCACCCUCGAUCACAGCAACAUCGGCGGCGCCCACUGGAGUCGCGCGUCCAAGGGAUACGAAAUCCGGAUCCUCCAACGCAAUUCAUCGGCCAUCAUUCAACUCGACGGUUUCCAGCAAGAAGACUACGACCGCCUAAGCAAAGUCUUCAAAAACUGGUACAGCACUGCGUUAGAAAACAAAGAGCAUGCUCUGAGAGGCUGGAAUUGGGGCAAGGCCGAAUUUUCCAAGGCUGAGCUCACUUUCAACGUACAGAACCGUCCCGCAUUCGAGAUCCCAUAUUCGGAGAUUGGAAACACAAACUUGGCGGGCCGAAACGAGGUUGCUGUUGAGAUAUCAUUACCUUUGAACGCAGAGGACACCGGCACCAAUGGCCACCUCGGUGGUGCUAGAGGCAAAGGAAAGAAGGCCGGUGCAGGCAAGGACCAGCUUGUGGAGAUGCGAUUCUACAUUCCAGGAACGACGACGAAGAAAGAGGCUGAAGGCGAGGACGCAGCCAGUGAUGCAGCUGAGGAGGAGAAGAAUGCCGCCACUUUGUUUUAUGAUACCCUGAUGGAGAAAGCCGAGAUUGGAGAGACUGCCGGCGAUGCUAUUGCUACCUUCCUCGACGUUCUGCACCUCACGCCCAGAGGACGUUUCGACAUCGACAUGUACGACUCGUCAUUCCGUCUCCGUGGUAAAACAUACGAUUAUAAGAUCCAAUACGAGGCAAUUAAGAAGUUUAUGGUCCUUCCCAAGCCAGACGAAAUGCACUGCAUGCUGUGUAUUGGUCUCGACCCACCUCUUCGCCAGGGUCAGACUCGCUAUCCAUUUGUUGUCAUGCAGUUCAAGAAGGACGAGGAGGUUACCAUUGACCUCAACCUCGAGGAGGAAGAGCUGCAACAGAAAUACAAGGAGAAGCUGGAGCCUCACUACGAAGAGCCCUUGCAUCACGUUGUUGCCAAGAUCUUCCGAGGAUUGGCUAACAAGAAGAUUUCGUCUCCUGCCAAGGACUUUAUCACUCACCGCAACCAAUACGGCAUCAAGUGUUCCAUCAAGGCCAGCGAAGGUUUCCUUUACUGCUUGGAGAAGGCCUUCAUGUUCGUGCCAAAGCCAGCCACUUACAUUGCCUACGAACAGACCCAGUCCAUUACUUUCUCUCGUGUUAGUGGUGCCGUAUCCGCCCUUUCUACGUUUGAUAUCAGCGUCGUCAUGAAGAACGGCGCUGGCUCCUCGCAGUUCAGCAACAUCAACAGAGAAGAUCUCAAGGCUCUGGAGGCCUUCUUCAAACUCAAGGGUCUUCGGGUUAAGAACGAGAUCGACGAGGAUGCCAAUCUUCUCGCUGCAGCUCUCCGUGAGCAGGACAUGGAUGACUCAGAAGAGGAGGUCGUCAAUGCCAAGGCAGACCGUGGCUCGGCCGACGAGGAUGAGGAGAGUGUCGAUGAAGACUUCCAGGCUGACAGCGAAAGCGAUGUCGCCGAGGAGUUCGACUCGGCCCACGAGAGUGAUGGUUCCGGCAGCGACAGCGAGCAGGGGGAGAGCGGUGUUGAUGACGAUGAUGUGGACGACGACGAGGAGGAAGAGGAAGAGAGACCAAAGAAGAAGAAGAAGACCAACUAA